UGGGCCAUACGUACUCGAAUCAAGACAGUUCAGUAGGAUAAUAGGCAUGUAAUUUUUCGAUAAAUGCAGGUGUUUCAUUAUGAGAAUGAUCAGGUCGCUCGGUUGCAUCAAUAUAAAACAGUCCGAAAACCCUGGUACGGCUGUGCAACGCUGUAAAUAAACGCUUUGUCUCAGCUUCACGGAUUUGACGUUCGGUCUUACAUCACUGGCCUGGGAGUGAAUCAUCAUAAGAGGAUAGGGAUGCUGCGGCCGUGAACUGGACAUCGCACUUAUUUAAACAUUGCUCAUUUUGUCAUCUUUUUGUCAUCAUGGACGAAAUACUAAGUAAGCUACAGAAGGACGCAUCUGGAAAUAAGCACAAAGCAAUUCGGGAUGCGUGCCUCUUCGCCUGUGAAACCCUUCAGAAACAAAAUGGAUCAGCCAAGAUUCCCCCGUCUCGGCUCAGAGAAAGAUGCCUUCUCCCUCUUCAGCUGGCACUGGAGUCCAAGAACAGGAAGCUGGCCCAGACUGCCCUCACAGGAAUGCAGAAGAUGCUGUCUGAGGACAGGUUUGUGGCCGUGGAGACGGAGGCUCUGGAGAGGCAGCUGUUGAGUCAGAUGCUGGACGCAGUGAGGGUGACCCCCAUGCUCCACGAGGACCUGCAGGUCGAGGUCAUGAAGGUCCUUCUCUGUAUCACAUACUCCUCCACCUUUGAGAUCAAUGGAGACUCCAUCCUGAGGAUAGCUGAGGUGUGUAUUGAGACAUACAAGUCCAGCUGUCACCAGCGCAGCAUCAACACGGCCGUGAGGGCCACCCUCAGCCAGAUCCUGGGAGACCUCGCUCUGCAGCUCGGACACAGACAGGGAGUGGAUGGCGAGGACGCACCAGUGCCCACACACCAGCGCAGAGAUGUGUCUCCCACGACACAGUCCCUGUGUGGGGACGUUGUGACAGUGCUAACGGUCUUCUGUGAGAAGCUGGAGGGGGUUGACCAUGAGAACCAGCUGCUCCAGCUGCUCUACUUAGAGUGCAUCCUGUCCAUGCUCAGCAGCUGUCCUCCCACCAUGCACCUGAGUAGAGGCUUCACAGACCUGAUCUGGAAGCAGCUGUGCCCGUCGUUGGUGGUGAUCAUGGGAAACCCUGUGAACGACAAGACUAUCACCUCGGCCCAAGGCCACAGAGGUGGGUGUCAGGAACUGGACCCCUCUCUGGGCGGGGUGUCUAACCAGGGCCGGGGGACCGGCUGCUCCUCCACCACCCCCGCCAUGAUCGGCCCGGUGGUGCGGACCAUCUGCUACGUGGCUGCUGAGCUGGUGCGCCUGGUGGGCUGUGUGGAGUCCAUGAAGCCUGUUCUGCAGUCGCUGUACCACCGCAUCCUGCUCUACCCCCCGCCACAGCACCGCGUGGAGGCCAUCAAGAUCAUGAAGGAGAUUCUGGGAAGUCCUCAGCGCUUGUUUGACCUGGCUGGUCCCUGUGUUAUAGAGCCUGAGUCUAGGAAAAGGUCCUUCUCCAAGAGGAAGUCUCACCUGGACCUGCUCAAACUGGUGAUGGACGGCAUAACCGAGGCCUGUAUGAAGGGGGGCAUCGAGGCCUGCUACUCCUCAGUAUCGUGUGCCUGUGCCCUCCUGGGAGCUCUGGACGAGCUGAGUCAUGGGCGUGGCCUACAGUCAGAACAGGCCCGCGUGCUCCUGUGCCGAUUGGACGAGCUGAAAGAGGGGGCAGAAUCCACGCGGGAGUCCAUGGAGAUCAAUGAGGCGGACUUCCGCUGGCAGCGCCACGUCCUCUCGUCUGCGCACGCUCCCUGGGAGCCCUCCGCCACCACCAUCACGGAGCACAGCCCCGACAUCAGCAUCAGCGUCACCAUGGAUACGGCCCAGACCACUCUGGAUGGGGAGCUGGGACAGACCACUUCAGAGGGGGAGGAGUGUGGGGAAGAACCCCGACUCCCUUCGCCUUCCUCUGGUGGGCCGGACGCUGACCCCUACCCUGAGCUCCGUCCCUGUGUGAGGGAGCCGGGGACGGAGCCCGGAGGACCCCCAGAUGUGGUGCAGCGCAGCCACGCCCUUGUUUACCCUGACAUCACCAACUUCCUGUCCGUGGAUGCCCGUGUGCAUUCCCAAGGCUCGCGCUACAGUGAGUGCAACUUUAGCGUGGACGAGGGGGAGAUGUCACGCACUGAGUUUGAUUCCUGCGACCAGUACUCCAUGGCAGCGGAGAAGGACUCGGGUCGCUCAGACGUGUCAGACAUGGGCUCUGAUAACUGCUCCCUGGCCGAUGAGGAGCAGACACCCAGGGACUGUCCCGGCCACCGCUCCCUGAGGACGGCAGCCCUGUCCCUGAAGCUACUGAAGAACCAGGAGGCUGACCAGCAGAGCGCCCGGCUCUUUGUCCAGUCUCUGGCCGGCCUGCUGCCUCGCCUGCUGGGGAUGCACAGCACAACAGACGUGGACACUUCUCUGCAGAACUUCUCCUCUACAUUCUGCUCCGGCCUACAGGCGGGUGGCAUCCACUCUCCAGGCUAUGAAGGCAGUGAGAACCUGAACUGUCAGGCCCUGAUGAACGCUGACGGCCUUUACCUGGUCUCCUACUACGCCUUGCUCCUCAACCUCAAACUCUGCUGCCAGGACUUCUACCGCAGGAGGCCCAUGCCCGUGCUGGUCAGUCUGAAAGAAUUUGUUGGUCUCAUCCAGAGCAGUGGGGUGCUAGUGGUGCUGUCUCAGGCCUGGAUCGAGGAGCUCUACCUCAAGGUGCUGGACAGGAACCUGCUGGGGGAGGCUGGCUACUGGGGCUCACCAGAGGAACAGUCCUUACCCCUCAUCACCAUGCUCACUGAUAUCGAUGGGCUGGGCAGUAGUGCCAUCAGAGGUCAGCUGAUCCGUAAGGCCAACACACAGUCCCCUUUCAGCUGUGACAAGAGUGGCAGUGACACCCUCAUGGCAGGCAGAGUGUUUGCCCGCUACAUUCUGAUGGGCUGCUGGAAGAACCUGAUGGACACCCUGUCCACCCCUCUGACGGGGCGCAUGGCGGGCAGCGCCAAGGGCCUGGCCUUCAUGCUGGGGUCUGAGGGGCUGAAGGAGCAGAGCCAGAGGGAGAGAGAUGCCAUCUGUCUCAGCCUGGAUGGACUACGCAAGGCAGCCGGGCUCAGCUGUGCACUAGGUGUGGCUGCCAAUUGUGCCUCGGCUCUGGCCCAGAUGGCGGCAGCCUCGUGUGUGCAGGAGGAGAAGGAGGAGAGGGGGGUGGGCGAGUCUGGAGAUGCCAUCACACAAGUCAAGCAGUGCGUGGAGCAGAAGCUGGAGCAGAUGGGACGUCCUCAGGGGGUGCGGCUGCACACGGCCCACGUGCUCUGCAUGGAGGCCAUCUUCAACGUGGGCCUGGAGAUGGGCAGCCACAACCAGGACUGCUGGCCCCACGUCUUCAGGGUGAGUGAAUAUGUCAGCUCUCUGGAGCACAGCCAUUUCAGCGAUGGCAGCUCCCAGGCCACCAUGACCAUCACCCAGGCCCAGCAGGCCUUAGACCUGGGGCUGGAUUUGUGCGGCGAGCCCAGUCCGGAUAGAGAGCUUGCCCUGAGCAGUCAGCCGGUCAUCCAGCCCCAGUCCCUACAGGAGCUGCUGAGGGAGGGCAGCUGGGGGAAAGGCCUGGACCGUAGCCUGAUGACGGGGACCAUUGCAUCCAAGGCCGUCUGCACUCUAUCUACACAGGCAGACAGGUUGUUUGAGGACUCCGUCUGUAAGCUUAACCUGGUUGGCCUGGUGGGUUUCCUGCACCAGCUGAGGAAGGCAUCUCAGUCCCAGCUCUUUGACUCAGUCACUGAGACAGGAGACUAUUCCUUAGCCAUGCCAGGAGAGGCCAAGUCCACCAUGGACAGGCGUAGCGCCCUGCACCUGUUCCGCCUAGGGGAGGCCAUGCUGCGGAUCGUGAGGAAUAAGACCAGACCCCUGCUGCACAUGAUGAGGGCCUGGAGCGUAGUGGCACCACACCUGGUGGAGGCUGCCUGCCACAAAGAGCGCCAUGUAUCCCAGAAGGCUGUGUCCUUCAUCCAUGACGUUCUGAUGGAGGUGCUGACCAGCUGGGCAGAGCUUCCUCACUUCCACUUUAACGAGGCGCUCUUCAGACCCUUCGAACACAUCAUGCAGCUGGAGCUGUGUGACGAGGACGUACAGGACCAGGUGGUCACAUCCAUAGGGGAGCUGGUAGAGAUGUGUUCCCCUCAGAUCCAGUCUGGCUGGAGACCUCUAUUCAGUGCCCUGAGGACCGUGCAUGGGACAGACAUGAAAGACUACCUGAUAGGAGAAUACUCCAUGGGGAAGUCUCAGGCACCCGUGUUUGAUGUCUUUGAAGCGUUUAUCAACACCGACAACAUUCAGGUCUUCGCCAACGCAGCAACUGACUACAUCAUGUGCCUUAUCAAGUUUGUCAAAGGUUUAGGUAAGUCAGGAGAAGUGGACUAUAAGGAGAUUGGGGACUGUGUCAAUGCCACUGGCUACAGUUCUACAGAACUGUGCCUCCCUGCUCUGGACUACCUAAGGAAGUGCUCCCAGCUGCUUGCCAAAAUCUACAAGAUGCCUUCUAAGCCAGUGUUCCUGGGAGCCCGGCUGGCCAGCCUGCCCAUGAGGGCCCAGGAGAGGUCUGUCAGCAGUGAGGAUGGCAUGGACUGUGUCCUGGCUGAGUUUGACGAUGACACAGGCCUGAUCCAGGUGUGGAUCCUGCUGCUGGAGCAGCUGACUGCAGCGGUAUCUAACUGCCCCCGGCAGCACCAGCCACCCACCCUGGAACUGCUGUUUGAACUUCUCAGACAGCUCACCAACUUACCAGGACCAGGCUUUGCCAUAUUCUCCGUGAUCCAGCUUCUUCUUCCUGUAAUGUCACUCUGGCUGCAGCGUAGCCAUGGUGACCAUGCGUACUGGGACAUAGCCGCAGCCAACUUCAAGCACGCCAUUGGGCUGUGCUGUGAGCUGGUGGUGGAGCACAUUCAAAGCUUCAUCCACUCAGAUAUUGGCUAUGAGAAUCUGAUCAACCUGAUGCUGAAGGACCUCUUCAAGCUGCUGGUGGCCUGUGUGGCUGAACCUGCUGAGACCAUCUCUAGAGUGGGCUGCUCCUGUAUCAGGUACGUGUUGGUGACAGUAGGCCCUGUCUUCACUGAGGAGAUGUGGCAUCUGGCCUGCUGUGCCCUGCAGGAUGCCUUCUCUGCCACGCUGGAGCCUGUGAAGAAUCUGCUGGCGUGUUUCCGUAGUGGUUCAGACAGCUCCUCUGGGGAUGCCUGUGAGGUUAAGGUGGCCGCGCCGUCCCACUCCCCCUCUGCUGAGGCAGAGUACUGGAGAAUCAGAGCCAUGGCCCAGCAGGUGUUUAUGCUGGACACCCAGUGCUCCCCUAAAACCCCCAACAGCAAGGAAGGCUUUGAGCAUGCCCAGUCCUGUGUGCUCAUCAUAGAGCUCCCGUCAGACCAGCAAUCCAAUGGUCAUACUCAGAAAAGAAAAAUUGGGAUUCCUUUCAGAACUAUAGUGGUUAGCUUACUUUCCCACCAAGUGCUGCUCCAGAACCUGUAUGACAUCCUGCUGGAGGAGUUUGUGAAGCACCCUGGUGAUGCUGAGGCCCAGUUGAAGACCACCCCAGUAUCUGAUCCUAGACCAGCUGGUUUCCUGCGCUACAUCUCCAUGCAGAACCUGGCCAUCAUCUUCGACCUGCUGCUGGACUCCUACCGCACGGCCCGGGACUUCGACACGCGCCCGGGCCUCAAGUACCUGCUGAUGAAGGUGUCUGGGGUGUGUGGCGCUGCCAACCUGUACCGCCAGUCUGCCAUGAGCUUCAACAUCUACUUCCAGGCCCUGCUGUGUGCCACGCUCACCAACCAGGAGAGCAUCACGGCUGAGCUGGUGAAGAAGAUCCUGUACGAGGAGGACGAGGGCAGCUCUGACUCCUCCCAGCAGUGCUCUUCCGAGGAUGAGGACAUCUUUGAGGAGACGGCCCAGGUGAGCCCCCCGCAGGGGAAUGAGAAGCGUAAGUGGAGGGCCACCGUCCCCUCACUCAGCAUCCAGCCAGUCAGCAGCGCAGACUGGGCCUGGCUGGUCAAGCGGCUGCACAAGCUCUGCAUGGACCUCUGCAAUAACUACAUCCAGAUGCACCUGGAUCAGGAGAACGUGGUGGACGAGGCAGUGCCUGUCCUCCGGGGGGACCCCCUCUUCUUCCUGCCCAUCUUCCCCUCCACCCCCGAGACUCCCACGGCCUCAACGGGAGGCCUUUCCGGCCGUGGAACACCCUCAGACGACGGCGUGCGCUCCCAGCUAGCGGAGACGCCGUCGGAGGACACCCACAGCCCUACUGCUGGCUACUGCAUGGACAGCCUGCCACACCUCAGAGGGGAGAGGAGAUACCCAGCGGGCCGCAAGAAGGAGUGGUGGGAGAGUGCUGGGAACAAGCUAUACACCAUCGCCACCGACAAGACCAUCACCAAGCUGAUGAUCGAGUACAAGAAGAGGAAGCAGCAGCAGCAUACCACCUUCGUGAAGGAGACCAAGGGGGGAGAGAAGACGGGUGAGGCAGGGACCAUGAGGGGCCCAGAGUCGUCCGUCCCACAGAGGCCUCAGCAGCUGGUGGACCCGGGGCCCAUGAGACACUCGUUCAGUGCUGGGCCAGAGGUGCUGAGGCAGGAAAAUAUCAGAUCCCGCUCCGGUUCUACAGCCAGCUCCCAUAACGUCUCCAUCAGAGACUCAGAGGCUCAGAUACAGGCGUGGACCAACAUGGUUCUGACCAUUUUGACUCAGAUCCAGCUCCUCCCAGACCCUACCUUCGUGGCCCUGCAGCCCGCCAUGUUCCCCUGCAUUAGUCAGCUGACCUGUCACGUGACUGACCUCCGCGUGCGCCAGGCAGUGCGAGAGUGGCUGAGUCGCGUAGGGAGAAUGUAUGACAUCACUAUGUGAAGGGCACCUGCCUGCCUUAGAUGAGAUGGCACUGUUUUUAUUGUAGAGACCCAGGCUCAGCCAAUGAGAAUCUGCGUUGCCGCUUUCAGCCGCAUUCAGUUUGAUUGUAAUUUACAGGAAGUCAUUCAGUUUGAUUGUAAUUUACAGGAAGUCAUUCAGUUUGAUUGUAAUUUACAGUGUCACACUUUGCUAGGUUUUGCUUUAACGCUGUCACUCAUGAAUGAAAUGGAAGUUAGCUUUUAACUUUCUGCCCAAAAUUGUAUUGUCAUGUAUUUAAAUUUGCUGACGUACAGUGCCUUCAGAAAGUAUUCAUACCCCUUGACAGCCUGAAUUCUAAAUUGAUAAAAUAUAUAUUUUUC